UGCAGCUUAGCAGUAGCUAGCUAGUCGGCCAAGAUGUUAGCAUGCACAAUGAGUUUCGAUUUAAAUUUUUCUACAAAAUUGGACUUUUUUAACAGUGUUAAGAUUCCCUAAUACAAGUGCCGCCCCGAUUAAUCGCUGUAACUCUUUAUAUUGACCGACUAAUGCCAUUGUUAUUACUUCAUAAUAUUUCUGCUGUUAGUUUCGAAUGCUAGCCAGCAUAGCGCCGUUGCUAGCCAUCAUAAGUAUCUGUCAUGCUUAUAUCCUGCCGGACAGAGAUGUUGAAUGCAGGCUAAGACACACGCCCCACAACUGUAACUAAAGGGUUGUUAUCGUAAUAACAGGUAGAUGGACAGCGUUUUCACUUAGUUAUUUCGUUCUAGGUUGUUGCUUCUUUUUCCACAGUAUUUCGUAACAAAAUAAUUAUUUUGAAUAUAUGAAUAUAAAAGUUGCAAUGCAAUGACGAGGUACAUUAGUGUAAAGUAGUCGUUUCUUAGUGGAUGUUUUGUUCUUGUUCUCCGAAGGCUCAAAAGCGCUUGCGCUGUACUAAAUGACACACUGUAAACCCUGUAGUUUUACAUUUUGAUUAGAUAAUGUUAUAAACAUGUCAUUUCUGCUCUUAUUAAAGAGAGCUCUGAUGACAUAAAGAUAUACUGUCUGCUUAACACUUGUCUAAGUGCACGGGCGGUUGGAGACCUCUGUUUCAGGUAGCUGGGUAAUUAUCAUAUAUCACAAGACUGGGACAAAACUCACAUGGACUCUCAUAACUAUUUUACUUCUGCUGAGGUAAACUAGUUAAGACCUGUUACCCUUCGUGGUUUAUUGUGAUGCACUGAGAAGAUCGAAGCACACUGAUCACUGUAAGUGUCACUCAAGAUGGAAAAACUUCGGACGGAGCUAGUGUCCAUUGUCAGGGAGCACCCUGAUGGGAUCCCGCUUAAAAAGCUGGCUAUCGUCUAUAGCCAGACAUAUCACAAGAACUUGACCUUAUCCAAACUGGGCGUUGACUCCAUGACCAGCCUGGUAUCCUCGAUGGAGAGGGAUCUGGUUCUAGAAGAAGAACUGGUGUUUCACAGGGACCAUCGUGGGGGAAACCAGGCGACAGCUGGAGCCGAAUGUGGAGCUGCAGCUCAAAGUAAGGAAUCAGCAGCAGCUCCCGAAGUGAAAAAAAGAUGUAAGACUUUGAAGAGAAUUGUGAAAAUGAUGAAAGGACAUCCGGAUGGGAUCACUCUGAAGUUGUUGACUGCAGCCUAUAAACAGAAAUACAGCCAAGACGUCUCCUUAGUCUCUAUGGGCUUCAAAACAGUUUCCAGCCUGGUAGACUCUUUGAAUGAAGAUCUGGUUGUGGUGGAGGAUGUGGUGUACCAUAAGAGUCACCGGCCUCACAAUCAGCCUCAGGCUGGGAUGUUCACGAAGACUAAAGAGAACAGCAGACCUACAACACCACGUACGCCUGACUCGCUUAUCAGGAGCAGUAGCCCUGCCCUUCGUACUCUACCACAGCCUUGUAUCUUAAUGAACUCAUCUUCUACCAAUGUGAUGGGGGCGUACCAGCUAACUGCUCCAUCAAUGGAACAGCUUCAAACCUGCUAUUCUCAGAAGUUUGGUAAAAAGUUUCCUCUUGCCCAGUACAUGUCGCUGUACGACAACUGGGAAGCCAAGAAGCUCCCCACUCAGUUUCAGCCAACAACUGAUCCUAAGACUGGGGUAUGGCAGACCGCUGCAGCAACACAGAGUCCUAAACCUGAAAAAGAACAGGAACAGGCCAGUGGGUUUAGCUUCCUGUCUGCCUCUGAUUUUCCAGUGCUGGGGGCAGAUUUGAGUUUGACCAAAGAGCAGAAGACCAAAGUGAGAGAUGCCAGCCCGAGAGAAGGCAGCGGCCCUGUCUUUAAUAAAGGUUAUCAUGCACAGCAGAGGGAGCUCCUUGGAGAAAAUAUGCGAGCUGUGGAGGCCAUGGAAGCAGACCAGGAGGACUUCAAUGGGAGGUGGAGAAACAGGGACAUGGAUCAGGAUACGAUCAACACUCUGAUGGAGAGUGUCAUACGAGAAAUCGCUGGGGAUGGAGAGCUGGUCACCACAAAGAAGGUGAUAUCCCGGGUAUGCAGGCUGGUGCCUUCCCUGGAUCCAAGAUGGGUAGAGCACUUGCCUCUUAAAGCUCUAAAAGAUCUCCAGUACCUCAUUAGAGAGAUCAACAUGUUCAUAGAGACCACCUCAGCAGUGACAUCCAUCUGUACCCUGUAUGAGCUGGGCCAGUCAUUAGCUGGCCUCAAGGACAAGAAGCGCUACGAAGAGCUAAACCUCGGCCCCCUUUGCAAGCUCCCCUUCAUUCACCGCAUAUUCAAGAUUGGCAGCAACACGAAAGAUGACGAUAUCCACCAGAUCGAGACUGUAGACAUCUUAAAGCAACUUCGUGUUUUUAGGAGGAAGCAGACGAAGGUAAAAGUGGACCUGGCUGAGUUUAUGAAGCAUCUGGCCGACCACUAUAACUGUGACUCUCCCUAUGAGCUGGGCAUCAGGAUAACUGGUCUUGGCCUGCCCAUAUCGACAAUCUCGAAGGUAAGCCGUAACGAGCACACCAUCUUGGAGAGCGCCAGGGAGGUGAUUCAGAAAGAGCUGGAGGAGGAGAUAUACGAGCGGCUGAGGAAGCUCAAAAAGAUCAUCUUGGAGCCGCUGAAAGGAGCAGCUUCCUUCUCCUCUGCGGGCAGCUCGGAUCUCUCGAAGAAGUAUGCCUCAAUGACAGCGGCCGAGGUCGUGCUGGCGGUCUUUACAAAUGCAGGGGAGGUGUUCAGCCCCAGGAUGGCCAAGCACGUCCAGAACUUCCUGCUGCAGGUGUCAGGUAAUCGGCUGGAAACAGCUCUGUUUCAGCUGGCCAUCUGUGGGGGAUCCCUGGCUGUUCCACACGACCUAGUGCCCAAAGACAAGACCUCCAAACCCACGGAAAAAACUAAACCAGAGGACAAAUCCACCAAAUCUCUCCCAAGCGAAGCCAAAGUGAAGCAGUAUCUAAGGGACAAACUGGCUGCUCAGAACUCAGCUAUCACUUUGGCACACAUUGCUUCCUUGGAGAAAAAACUGUCUGAACACUUCCACGUGAAAGACUUCCUGUCUUUAGAGAAAGGCAGCUUCCUGGAGUUUUUGGUGAACAACAUUCAGCUGCUGCAGGACACAGUGGGGUCCACCUUGAUUCUGGGCAGCAGCAUGGAGCGAGCCGGCAGUGGCUUCAGACCCUCCAAACAAGAUGUGUUUGAGUUCAUCAAACAGUGCGGCGACGUAGCCUCCACUGAUCCAGAUGAACUCUCCUACAUUGAGUCAGCACUGAGGUCUCACUAUGGGGUCCGGGACAGUCGUGACUUGGGGCAUGGUCCUCUGCACAGACUGGCUGACCUGGUCCAACGGCAAAAAGCACUGGGUGGAGGAGGACUGAGCCCAGUCUGCUAUGAAUCAGCCCUGUUUGCUAAACAAGGCAAAUCAAGUGCUGAAGGUGGAUUUGAGUCAGUGGGUCGGCUUGGUGAAAUGUCCAAGGACCAGGCCCUGGCCAGCUUGCUCUCCUGCCCUCUGCUGGAGGAUUUAAGUGAGUGGAGCCAGUGGGAGCUGAUCUUUAAACCCCUUCACGGCUCCCUCAAGGAAUUCAUUGAAAAAAAUGCAGAUUUGUCCAUGGCCGAGGAGGAUGUGUCAUGUUACGACAAAGUUGCCAAGUUCCUCCUGGAGUGUCUCACACGAAUCCCCACCAGAACCUGUCAGGCUCUUCUGCUGCAGGUGUUUUUGGAGCCCUUCUCCCGUGUCCUGGGCCAGGCCAAAUCUAAACGGGUCCUGAUGACCGUGGCUCAGUCGGAGCCGAGGUACAUGAACUGUCUGCAUCGUUUGGGCAUCCUUGUAGGCAUUCCAGACUGGAUCAAAGACUACGAGAAAAAGCUGAACCCACCUCAAAGCCAGAGCUGUAACACAUACUCAGCACCUGUGGACCAAGCCAAGUCUAAUUUGACAGAUUCUGAGUGCAGCAGUCUGUCAGCUCUCAACAUGAGUGAAGAUGACUUUCUUGAGGAUAACAUCAUGGACAACAGCUUUGAAUCCUCCCAGCUGUACCACAGCCCACACCAAGUCAACGAUGAGCAAGACAUAGAGGCUGAGGAGGAGGAAGAGGAUGAAGAGCAGCUGUAUGAGUUGGCCUCGGUGCCUAACGGAGAGAUAUCAGACGUCAGCAGCGACGCUGAAGGAGGCCAGGGCGAGGAACAGCUCAAAAUGUCUGACGGAGAUGAAAAGGAGGGUGACAGCUGUGAGUCCGAGGACACAAUCCAGAGAGCCGUCAUUGAAGACAUCAGGUUUGUCACCUUUAUCCAUAACUGCUCUAAUGCCGACGACAACAGUUACCCGGCAGAGUCCGGGGUCGUUCCAGCGCUGGCUUUUAUGGUGGAGCGAGACUGUAUCACUGUCCUCAACAAUGAAACCGGCUUCCAGGAGAAGAACAUUCGGGCUAUUUGUGAUGUAGGCCGCAGCACUAAGGGAAAACACAAAUAUGGAUACAUUGGACAGAAGGGCAUUGGCUUCAAGUCAGUGUUUAAGGUCACAGACUGUCCUGAGAUUCAUUCCAAUGGCUUCCACUUGCACUUUGACAAGAACUGUGGCCCCAUGGGAUACAUCCUCCCCCACUGGACUGAAGAUACGAGGCCUCUGGAUCCACAGCUGAGGGACAUAAAUCAGCACAGCUGGACCACUAAGAUCAGCCUCCCUCUCCGGACUGAGAGCCAUCAGACCAGGAACCUGUUUCAUGACGUGCACCCGUCGCUGCUGCUCUUCCUGCAUCGACUACGCUCCAUCACCAUCUACAAUCAGAGUGAGAAGCGUUUCAUGACGAUGACUCGUAAAGAUCUCAAUCACAAUGUGCUCGAGGUGGAACACUCGGAGGGUACCGAGCGCUGGCUAGUGGUCAAAACCACACUGAAGCCCAAGAAGAUCAAAGAGGAUGUAGAGUCGACCGAGCUCGCUCUGGCUUUCCAGCUUGGCAGCGACUCCACGGGAAGUAACGUUGUGUGCCAGCCUCAGAAGCAGCCCGUGUUUGCUUACCUGCCCCUUCGCAGUUUCGGCUUCCGUUUUAUCAUCCAAGGUGAUUUUGACAUCCCUUCUUCUCGUGAUGAUGUUGACAGAGACAGCUCCUGGAACCAGUGGCUCCGGUCUGAAAUAGCACAGCUCUUCCUCCAGGCCAUGGAUGUCUUCACUAAUCACCCAGAGUUCACGGGACUGAAGGGCCUGUGCCAGUUCCUUCAGUUUAUCCCCCUGUCUGACGAGGUUUUGGAUUUCUUCAAGCCUGUUGCCGGGCAGAUUAUUCAGCUGCUCAAGGGCAAAUCCUUCCUGCCUACUCUCAGUUCAGAUGGUAAGAUUGUGUACAAGCUGCCCUCCCAGGUGGCCGUCUGUCAGGACCCUGUGAUACGGGAAGUGAUCGGUGGAGGUGAGCUGGAAAAGCAUCUGUCUCUGUCCUAUCUGCAUCCGGAUCUAAGCCCAGCACCGCCCACCUCCCUGCUCACUCACCUGGGAGUCCGAUACCUGCGGGGAACGGAUGUUACCAUAGUAACCACAGCCAUGGCCAAGGAGCUGAUGACAGUGGGAGGUAUCCAUUCAGAUGCAGGUCUACAUCAGCUGGCCAGGCUUCUGGUUUGUAACUUCCGAGCUCUGGAGCAUGGAUACGGAGAGGCAGAUUCCAUCCUGCAGACGCUCAGAGAGCUACCCAUAAUCCCUCUAGCUGACGGACGUGCGGUGGCACUAAGUGUGGAAGGCGUGUUCUUUCCAAUGGAAGAGAGCAAGACCAAGAAAAAGAAAGCUCAAGCACAGACAGGACCACUGGCUGCAUUGUACAAGGAUGUCAGUGUGGUUCACCCGUCCCUGCUGAGCUGUUUGGAGCCUUUGGAAAGUCAGCAGGUUCGUGAGCUGCUCAGAAGACUUGGGGUUCACGAACUAGAGCCUCAAGAGCUGCUGGAGCAGCACAUCUACCCUACAAUAAGGAACAAUAAAUGGAAGUCAAAGCCUACGUCUGUGGUUGUGAGUUACUUGGUUUUCAUCAAGCAGCACUCGUCCUCUAGCCAGGAGUACUCAGACACCGCAGUACCCGUCCUCACCUCCAGGGGUCUGCUGUGCCCAUCCAACGAAAGGGUGCAUUUCUCUGAAGAGUAUGGAAACGUCAACUUACCAUCGAAGCUGCCUGGUAAGGAGAAUCCCACAGCUUUGAUUAAAAGAAAGAAUAACAGCUUGUGUUGUGUAAGGCGCACUGCAAGCCACUUUGCAACCCAACUUCACAUCAAAUCAUCCUUUUCAGCCUCCAGCCCCUGGUCAGUCGAAAGUGCAACGUGGCGCCAAGUCCCAGGGGAGGGCUAUGUACUCGACGACUACCCGUGUGAGGAAUUUCACGCUCUGGCCACAGCAGAACUGCCUGGCUCCCUCUUGUUGCAGCAGAGAAUGGCUUUGCUGGAGCUGCUGGAGGCCAACUGGGAAACUGGACAUUGCUACUCUCAGUACCUCACAGCCCAGGUGAUCGACAGUGAUGGGCAACCAAUCAAAAGCACCAAGUCUUCCUUCUACCAUUCCUUGUGUCGUCUUGAAUGGGUGCCAGCCUAUCGCCCAAAACAAGGAGGCCAGCUGGAAAGAAAGUACCUCUGUCCGAGCUCUGUCUACCUGUCAUCACCUGAAGUCACCAACUUGCUGGGGACCCAUGUCGACUAUGUGGACAUUAGCUCCAGCGACUUCAGCAGAGCUCUUGGGAUGAGAGAAACAAUCUCAGUGGAUGUUCUGAUUAACUAUCUGAAAGAGUGGUGCGUCAAACCAGAGGAAGAUGUCCAGGAGCAGAGGCUCCCUGAGGAUGAGUCAGAAAGGGGAAAAUUCACUUCCACAAUUCAGCACAUCCACAACGUCUACACCUACCUGCAACAAAACUGUUCUCAGAGCAGCCUGAAGGAGCUCUUCCAGCAUACACCUGCUGUGUUUAUAGAGUACAAAAGGCACAGUGAUAACUGGUGCACUGGACGGUUCUACCACCUGAAAGAGGUGUGCUGGAGUGACCCAACAAACAUGUUCCAGCGCUACAAAGACCUCAUACCUAGAAAAGACAGCCCUGUACAGGAGCCCAAAGUGCUGGCUCCUUUCUAUAACCGUCUGGAAGACAUGAAAGACUUCUUCGUCAGGCUGCUGAAUGUGGAAAACGACCCCAACAUGAACCAGUAUGUUGGCUUGUUGGAACUGAUCUGUUCCUCCUGUCCCAUACCAACUGCUGAAGUGCUACAGGAUGUCUCGAUACUCUAUGCCAGACUUGCUAAAACCUGUAAGUCCAAAAUGUCCAGAGACCAGGAAAGAAAUCCUCAGUCCAAACUUAAUGACAGUUACUGCUCCACUUUGAAAGGGAUGGUGUUUGAUAAGAAGGUCUUCCCUACUAAGAAUAACAACUGGGUGAGUCUGGCACAUAAGCCUAUGAUCAGUGACAGCAAAGAGCUGGAGAAGAUCUUCAAACCUCAUAAGCAGGUGCGUCUGCUCAACCUGCCCCCACCAGAGAAGAAGACAGUGCUCAAGAACAAGACAGGAACCUCUGACGCGGCAGACCGAACUGCAUUCAAUGAGGAAGACAGACAACUGUUUCUGGAGAUCUGUGGUAUUCAUCAUCUCUCCGAAUGUGUCAAGAGUGAGCCUCUGACUGAGGUCCUGAGGCCCUGUCCGUCCAUGCAGAGCCUGGUGCGCUGGAUUGUUCCCUACAUUCAGAGGUUUCUCUAUCACCAUGACGAACUGAAUGAAGUCUAUUCAGAGCUGACUGAACAAAACAUAGCAGGAAAAAUCAAGCACCUCUCCUUUGGACAGGUGGGCAAGCUAUACAUUCGCCACCAGCUGGAUGUAGCUGACGAUGAGGACCCUGUGAUUGAGUUCGUGGAUGUCAUCUGUCUGCUGAAGGAUAAAAAAGAGCUUUACAUCCAGAAAGAUAAUCUCUCAGCUGAUCUGGACAUCUGCAGGGAGGUGGUGAAAUUGUUUUGCACAGAGAGCAGCCACCAAAAGGAGCUGACACAUUUCCUGACUGGCCUGAUAACCUCGCGCAGUGACCCAAGAGCCCUGAAGAGAUUCUUGGCCAAAGAGGAAAUCAGAGAGCUUCCCAGUGAGGUGGAACUGUGGGAGGUCCCAGAGCCUCACAAACCAGACAUUCCCCCUGAAAGAGUGCUGUCAAGGAGUUUCUCCUCCACCAGCUCCACAGUCGAGCCAUCUCACCCUGGACAAGAGGACGGGGAACAGACGCUGGUCUGCUGGCCUCCUCGAGCACCAAUACACAGCACAGGAGGCAGUCGAUCUGGAGGUCAGGAAGAUAGCAAAGUGGUGGAGGCUGUCAUGAAGAUGUGGCCUCCUCCAGCUGGACCAAAAGAACAAGCCAUGGAAAAUGAAGUCGCACCCAGAGGAAGCAGCCACGAGGGAAACCAUCCACCCAGAGGCAGCAGCAGCACCAACAGACCUGCAGACCAACCCAGCCUUCAGAGGCUUCCCAGUCAUCCAGAGCAAGCUAACGCAACUGCUGCUGCAAACACCAACACCCCACCACCACCGCCAGGUUUCACAUUCAAGAUCCUUAAAAACACAGAUAUUCGGUUCAGUUUUAUUUAUAUAGCACCAAAUCACAACAAAGCUGUGGUGCUUUCUAGUACUUUCCAGGGGACUGCAGCAGCUGCUGCAGAGAUCCGUCCUCCUCUGAACCUGGACUUUCCUCACUGGAACAAAACCCAGGCCACACUUGAAGACAUGGAGCUCACCUGCCAAAGACCCACCACCGUGGUCUUAUCAGAAGACGAGAUAGAUGUGGCAGCGAUCGGCGAAUGGGGGGAGCAGCUGGUCAACUCCUUCCUGUGCCACUGGAGAGACAGCAGCGACCCUGGACGACCCACGCACAUCAUGUGGUGCAAUCAGAGCGGGGAGACCGGUCAGCCAUACGACUUUAAGCUCACCUUCGGAUCCACAGGAGAGCCCGAGGUGGUGUAUGUGGAGGUGAAGUCGACUAUAAAGAAAGAGAAGUCAUUUAUCCACAUGUCUGCCAACGAGCUGGACUUUGCACUGAAGGAAAAGGAACGAUACCACAUAUACAGAGUGUACAGCACUGGAGAUGCUCAGAACGUACGCCUUUGUCGGAUUCAGAACCUAGCGCAGCAUCUCCACACCAAAGACUUAGCUCUUUAUCUGUUUGUGUAGUUCCUUUUAAAAUCUGUGGAGAUAUUUGCACAAGUUGCCUAAAAUAAUUUUGUGUAAUUUUUAAUGUUCGUAGUAAAUGCACUGAUUUGAGUCUUUUUAGCUGUAUAUUGUGCCGUUUAUGUUUAACGUAUUGCCUGCUUUUGAGCAAAAGACACAUUUUGCUCCUUUUAAUGUCAACUGUUUUCCAUAUUCAGUGAAGUUAAGCAAUCUGCUAACCUUUUUUACUUUCUGUACCAUUCCUUUAUUCCUUUGAAAUAAUAAAAGUGUGUCUAUUGAA